AUGUCUCCGCCCAGGGCCAGGAACCUGGUAAAGUCGUCGGACACCAGAACCUUCAGCUGGGCUACGCAGAGGAUCCACGACCUGGAAAAGGAGCUGCAGGCUGCCAAGGCGCGCAUUGCGGAGUUGGAGCGUGCCCUGCAGGGGACGAAGGAGCUUGAGGCCCAAGUUUCUGCACUCCAGAGCCAGUUGGACGUGACGACCUCAGAGCGUGACCAGCUUGCAAGUACCGUCAAGACUCUUGAGGACAGAGUGUCAGGGCUUGAGGCCGAUCUGGGAAGGACAGAGGCUGAGAGGGCCUCCUUGGAGAAGCAGAAGGGCUCGGCCGAGGCAGCCCUUGCCUCUGCCCUUGCCAAGGUGGCUUCUCUGGAAUCUUCUGUGGAGGACACCAGAGCCGAGCGAGAUGAUGCUGUGAGCCAGCUAGGCUCUCUGCAGAAGAAGUUUUCGGUGCUGACCAGUGACAUGGAGAAAGAGGCGGAACUCAGGGCGCAGCUGGAACUGAGGCUCCAGGCUGCUGAGACUGAGAACAAGCAGCUGGUGGUAACUGUUGGCCAACUGGAGGGCAGGUCCUCAGCUGCGGAGACAGAGCUGGUGGCUGCGAAAGAGCGCAUCGCGGAUGCUGUGGAGCAGAACGGAAAACUGCAAAGUCAGCUGUCUGGAGCCGAGCAGACCAAUCGUGAACUGCUUGAGAAGCUGAACACGGCACUGAAGGAGGUUGAGAAGAACACGGGGGAGAUCGCCGAGUUGGAAAAGAAGCAACAAUGCACGGAAGAUGGGUUGGCAAAGAUGACAGAAGCGGCUGUGGGCCUUGAGCAGAAACUCAAGGUGCUCGAUGAAGAGCGGAUGCAGGCCAUGUCAAAGGCGGAUACCUUGGCGGAGGAGGCGAGACACAGGGAGGAGGCCAAUGCCACAUUGGCCGCAGAGCUGAGGGAGGCCCAGGCUGGGUGCAGCACACUGGAGGUUAACGUCUCUAAGUUGCAGCUCCAGAGAGAAGCAAAAGAAAAGGAGCUUGGCAGUCUGACUGAGGAGAACAGAGCGCAGACUUUGCAGAUCACAGAGCUGCAGGCAGAAUUGAAGUCUGCCCAAGACGUGAUGGCGAGCUUGAGAAUUGAGGUGGCUGUUUUGGAGAAGGAUCUGAAAGAUGCUCAGGAUACCAACAGUGCACUGGAUGCAGACUCGAGGCAGAAAGCAGACAGCAUCGCCCAGCUGCAAAGGAGGCUGUCAGUGGCCCAGGAGAGCGCUGACGAGAAAGGACGGCAGCUGUCUUGUAGUGUAGAGGAGAACCAACUUUUGAAGCAGCAGCUGAAAUCUAUGACGGACGAAAGCAGGCACAGAGGGACAGAAAAUGCAAGGCUCGAAGAAGAGCUGAAGGCAGCCAGGCAAGAUGCAGAGACCCAGCUGGGCAGGCUCUCAGCUCUUGAGGAGAGCUACCAGACAGCUCUCACCGAGUUGCACAACGCCAAUGAUGAAGUCGAACACAAGGACGGGGAAAUUUCAAACCUGAAGGAGGAGCUGGCUGCAGCAGAGGAGGUGGCGUGUGGGAAAAGCGAAAGGGUCGAGGUGCUGCAGGAAGAGUUGCGUGGCAUGAAUGCUGCCCUCCAAGAGAAGAUUACGCUGGUGAUUGGUCUGGAGAGCAGGAUAUUGGCUGCAGAGGAGUCGUCCACCUCGACCCAGAGGGCCCUGGAUGACCUGCAGCAGCAGAUGAGCAGGUACGAACAGCAGAUCGAGAGCCAGCGGGAGGAGCACAUGCAGGCGGAGCUGCGAUUGAAACAGCAGUAUGAGGAUGAACUCAGCCAGUGGCGAGAGGAAGCGCAGAUCCUGCUGAGGAUCAGGGAGGAACUGUCGCUAAGCAUAGCAAAGGCCGAAAAGGCUGAGAACCAGGCAGCCGCACUUGCAGCACAGCUGCAGAUUGCUGAGGGCCAGAUAGAGCAGCUGGAGGCUGCUGCACAGGCCUCGUUGCAGACUUUGACACAGCUGAGGGAAGAGCUGUCGGUGAGCACAGCAAAAGCUGACAGGGAGGAAGCACGGGCAGCUGGGCUUGCACAGGAGCUGGAGACUGCUCGGGGCCACCUGCAGCAGCUGGAGGCUGCCACUGAGCUUGCCGCAAAGCAAGAGGAAGAGAUCGAGGGGUUGGAGAAAGAACUUCAGGAAGCGCAAAAGAAGAUUGGAGCGGCACAUGAUGAUGCCUCCAAAUUCAAAGUCGAACUGCAUGACUCGGAAACGAUGAGAUUAGAGAUGCAGCGGCUGAUUGAUGACAACUAUGUCCUGGAGCACAGAACGGAGCAGCUUGAAGUGGACAUACAGCGCUUGAUGGGCACCAGCUCCAAUGCGCUCGGCCACAACAACCCUAAACAGCGCAUCCAAUACCACCUGAGGUUGAAGCAGGAACUGGAGGAAAUGAGAAAGGAAGUUUGUGUGCGCCUCAGAGAGAAGUUCCUUCUGGAACAGUGCAUCAGGUACCUUGCUGCGCGCACAGAGCCUGAUGAAGCCACCUCCAAAUCUGCAACCGAUCUGCACGUGCGGAGGACUGCAACUGCGAUCCUGCCUGAGUCUCUGGCUGAGAGCGUUCUUUUCGCCACGCCGUCACAGCGCAAGGCCAUGCUGUGGGCAGGGAAGGGGAAGAAUGUCUCGAAGGCAUUAUCGCCAUACAAGCCUAAGGAAGCCAUGAUGGACGAAAUCAAGAAAACGCAGGAGAACAUCGUUGAGGAGGUUGACCGCCUCGCGAAGUCGCCCACCCAGUCGAUCCUGGCCUCGCCUUUGAAUUCAGCCCGUUCCAGUCGUGCUGAAAGCGUGGGGGCGAUCAACAGCAUCGAGACCCGCAUCCUGGGAAAGAUCGCGGCGGUCUGCGAACCGCCAGCCUCAGCCAAGCACCGCAGGGCACAAAGCACGAUCUGA